GAGCGAUUCCUGAAUAGCAAGAGAAAGCUUAGACACACUGUAUGUUACCUUGGACUGUUUUCGCAUCGCUGAAUUUAUCGUCAGUCGAGGAGAAUCCAGAUAACAUUCCACGAUCGGGAACUUUAAAUAUCAUAUAUUGCGUAGAGAUUCGUCGAUCAUGUGGUAGAGGGUAUGAUGGUACUGGCGUUAACGCAACUGAUAUCAGCGGUUUAAAAGCAGACAGCACAUCAACGGACGUCGUACAGACGCCGUCUUGAAAACAGACCUGUCCCGGAUUAAUCAUGGCAGAGUCAACGAUGCUAGCUGGAUACGACUAUAAUGAAGAAGACGAUUCGUUGGUCCUUGGAAUCCAGGUGGUGUCUGGAAUCACGCUCGCAGUCGUUAUGUUCGCACUAGGAUGUACUAUGCAGCUUAAAACAGCGCGGGAACGGUUAAAGAAGCCGAUUGGACUAGUGAUUGGGGCCAUGUCACAGUUCGCGCUGAUGGCCUUGCUGGGUUUCGCCUGUGUCCAUAUAUUUGAAUUGAGAGAGAAUACAGCGAUAGGGGGCGUGGUGUUGGCAUCGUGUCCUGGUGUGUUUGUGUCGAUUUUAUUCACUAUGUGGAUGCGAGGAGAUAUAAUACUUAGUGUUUGCAUGACUGCCAUCCUCUCCGUUCUGGCCGCGGUGUUUACGCCAUUGAACAUAUUUAUAUAUACACGCACGUGGAGUGGGCCAACUUCGUUCAUAAAUUAUGGCUACAUAGUUGCAGUUAUCGUCGCCAUGCUCGUCCCAGCGGCUCUGGGCGCCCUCAUGAGGUGGUUUGUGGGAGAAAAAAUGGAAAUUGUUGCCAAGAUAUUAUUUCCAAUCUCGAUCCUCCUCUCCAUCAUCAUAUUGAUACUAGCUGUGAUCGCAGACCCAAACCUAUACUUGGAUGACUGGCGUCCGUGGAUAAUGGCGUGGCUGUAUCCGCUGUUCGCGCUCAUCGUCGGCUACCUUGCCGGAUUUACGGCUUGCUUAACUCAUCCUCAAUGCCGAACCAUUUCCAUAGAAACCGCGUGUCAGAACGUCGCCCUAAGCAUCGCCAUCAUCAGCAUCACUUUUCCGAAAGAGCGAGUGCUGCCCAUUUUAGUAGUCCCAGUUUUGUACGACAUUUUUUUGUACUUGAACUGUUUCCUGUUUCUCGGUCUUUAUCGUUGCUGUGUUCAAUUCCGCGCGCCCAAGUCGGAAGACGUGCGUCAGAUUGUUUCUGCGCCGGCCUCGACGAUGGGAUCGAUUUCUACUUUCCACACUGGCGUCACAGCACCGGGUUCCAUCACCACAGUACUUCCACCAGGUUCGUAUGUAAAUAACGCACUGGAUUUGCAUAAUUCGUUCAACAAGUCGUUCGCGCCAGUUGUGUCCUUUGAUCCUGAUACAUUCGACAUCGGGGAUAAAUAUGGCCACCAAUCGGUCCAAACACCACAUCCAGAUGAAGGCGGUUUCGAAGAGGCUGGAUUUCGAGUUUUAACACCUAAAAAAUACCACCCUUACCAAGAUCCAGAAAGAAACACCGAAUCGGAAGCCUACCCGGACCUUCAUGAUAUGGGAACCGGGGGUCAGCCUCCAUAUACUGGACACGACGACACUGAAGGACGCUACCCGCCCCCCAUAAGAGAAUCCACUCCAGCUCGAGCGCAAGAUAACAUAUAUGAAAAAAACCCACACGAGGCCACGGGGUAUGCAAACUAUGGGCUGGACUCGGAAGUUCCCCCCGCAAGGCCGCCACCACCAGUUACGAUCUAUACACCACCUUCGGACUCUGCGCGGCAACGGUAUCCAGGCCGAGGUCCUCCUGAUGACAGAACCGGUGCUCAUUAUUACGAGCCCGUUGAGGAUUACCCCAAACACAAGGUAACCCUUGAUCCGCGAAGGGAUAUUCACUCUAAUGACUAUAGAAAGUACACCCCUGAUGAACGGGAUGCCCCAGAUGUGUCUGGUCACUAUAACAACCAAGAUGUGCAUCCAAACGGCGAUCUUGCAAAUGAAGUGACUGAAUCGGAGGUUUAGAAUGUAACGAAUUUGAUGUGAUGCGAAUGUAAGGUUCAAAAUGUAAUGAAUUCGAUUCAAAUCGGGGGGGGGGGGUUCAAAAUAUAAAUCGAGCGUUUAAACUUACAACUGCACAUAACAUCGGAGAUGAAUGCCUUCGUUGGUUUGCCCUAACACGUCACAAGAUAAACACUUAACAAACCAUUACCGCCCGAUGUGCACCACUCUGUGGGUGCUCCUUGUUUUGCACUGCUGAUGCAGUGUACUGAUUAAUACUAACCUUGUAUCAGUCGGUCUAAUAUAAUAUUAUUUAGUCAACUCGAUAAUUGUCACGGGAGAUACUAGUAUUGUACAGACACUGGGAAUAGUGAGCUCCUACACGCGGGGGAAGUUGGUUUAUGACAUGGACACAACCAGUGAUACACAUACAACAGAUACAUAUGUAAUUCCAAUAUAUCUGACUUGUUUAAAUAGGUUGCUAAAAGUAUGUAUCUGUUUUAGUAUCAGGUGGGGUUAUUUCGCGAAUUGGUAACAUAUAUUUUUUGCUAGUGGUUCAUACUUUUAUUCGGUUAAAAUUAUUAAUUCUGGAAGUAAAAUGUGUUUUCAAAAAUUCUAUUUAAUUAAGGUUGUUUCAAUCCCAUAAUCCUCAGCGAUAUAACAAUAUACCACUUUCCCGGAAGUCGAUGCCGUUUUGGGGUGUAACAUAAAAUUGCACGCGUUAUAUUGUGCUUCUGGGUGUUUCAAUCGACGUCACAAAAAUAAAAUUCGCUUCUAUCGACUAUCAGAAAACUGACAUGUUUGUAUUUUACGCUAUGACAGAGCAGACGUAUUUUUGCACCCCAGUUUUUUCACUUCCGGGAAAGUGGCUUACGGCUCCAGAGGGCGCUGACGUACAAUCUAUGCAGGCACACUGCAGCUGGUUUCAAGUCAAGUUUCAAGUCAACAAAAGUAUCACGUUAUAACGGGGUAAUUUGAACUCUUGAUUGUUUAUUAUGAAUUGGUUUAAAUCAUUGUCUAUUUUAUUUAAUUAUUCUACUACAUAUGUGACAACAUUGUGUUAUUUACUGUCUAACGAUGGUUUUGAUAAAAUUGAACCAUAAUUCACCAUGGUAGCAUAAACGACAUCGCUACAUAUAUGACCGCUAUCGUCGCCAUUGUAGUGCAGUCGUUACCGCUAUGACGUAGACGUAGAAGUCAUCGUCAAAAUAACACAAACCCCCACCGCCAAAAUAUCGCAGACGACAUUAAUCAAAGUGUUCACUGCCGUCUCCCGCCUUUUAGAUACAUUUUGAAUAAAAAAGUACAGGAUUUUUUUUAUUUUUGCAGAAACUGUAAAUAAUUAAUAUUCGAAUCCUUGAAAGAUAAAGCUCUAGAAAAUUAGCAAAAUCAUAGAAAAUGGCGGGAACAUUUAUUUUAGUCAGAAUAAUAGAAUAUGACGUAGUUGUCGUAAUUUGACCAAAGAGCAGUGUUCUAAUUUUGUAUAUUUAAACUCAAUGUUAUUUUUUAAUGGGGAGCAUUAGGUAUAGUUAAAUGCAAACAUAUUUGUUUUCAACCUGCUUCACUCCGCGCAUUCAUCACAUACAUGAAUAUGCAUUACCUUUUUUGGCAUGUUUUGGUCACGUUCUCAAAUACUAACCUGUGAUUGGCGGAAUAGUCAACAGGUCUCACCGUGUAUUUGAGAUCUUUUAAAUUUGUACACCAAAUAUUUCGUGAUUUUUUUAUACCUCGUGCUGAAAGGAUUUUGUAUUUUAAAUAUUAAUAAUAAAUCUAAUUUGUUGCUAAUAAUAUUGUUUAUAUUUUUCUAACAAUGUCUUGCUUGUAAAUACGCUUCAUACAAAAUGUAAUUGAUUUGCUAGUGGAUAAUAUAUAGAAAUACGUACAUAUAUUCUUUGCAUCUAGAGGGCGCGCGCCAGAGUAGACUUAUUUAUAGUUCGUGUUUUUUCUUCUCUCGUUUGAAAGAUUCGGUAGCCAUUUUGUUUUCGAUGGCAUAGAAGAAGCAAACUUCUAAUGAAUUAUUUUCACAGUCGUAGUGACCUUUAUAGAAUGUUCAAUUACAGCCAGUGUUUUUAAAAUACUGAUCGUAUUUAAAAUCCUCUGAUCAACAACUGUAGACAAUGUCAUAUUUCAAAAAUUAUCGAUGUGCGUGUCGAAAACGAGACAACAUUUUCUAGUUUUAAAGCGCGGUGGUCGUCGUGCAGCGCGUGUUCGAAUUUCAUGUAAAUAAACAAUGUAUUUUACACGCGUUGUAUACAUCGCUAUGAGUCCCAUAUCGAACAGGACGCGGCACGACGACUGCCGCCCUUUAACCAUUACGGCUUUAACAUGUAUUAUUUUCAUAAAGGUGACUACAGUCACUGAGCUCGUUUUCAUAGAAAUAACGUAUUUACGUUUGCAUGUUGAUGUAAUGUCCAGAUACCAAUGAAGUGACGUCAUCAUAUUCGUCGAGGUUUUAUUUGCUGUAUCCACUUAAACACAUUACACGCGCUUAUCGGAAAUGACGUCAUUGUAUCAUCUGUAUGUGUACAUUUCUCAUAUAUCCAAUCACCGUCUUGAGAACAUAUUGCACGUCUGGCUCAAUUGUAUUGUUUACAAAUAGUUCUAAUUUGCUUACUGAUUAUAUUUUAGAGUACCUAUGCUAUAUGAAUACAUGUACAACGUUAAUAAGCAGAAUAUUAUCAUUAAUAAAUACAUGGGAUACUAA